AUGUAAAAAAAUAUUGUUCCUCUUUUAACCCUAAAUAAUGGCAAUAAAAUACCAUAAAUAGGUUAUGGUACCUAUCAGUGUAAAGGAAAUGAAUUAAUUGAUGGAAUCAAAUAUGCUCUAGAAGUGUAAUCAGAUUCAUAACCUAUUUUUUAGAGGAUAUACUCAUAUAGAUUCUGCUUCUUGUUAUAGAAAUGGAAAAGAUAUUAGAGUGCCUAAACGUGAGGAAUUUUUCAUCACUUCCAAAAUAGCUCCAUAAGAAUAAGGAUAUGAAAAUACUCUUAAAGCCUGCAAAAAAAUUCUUCAAGAUUUAGAUACUACAUAUCUUGAUUUAUUAUUAAUUCAUUGGCCAGGUUCAUCAGGUAAUAAACCUAAUAGUCCUGAGAAUGCCACUGUCAGACUUUAAACUUAUAAAGCUUUAGAGUAGUUAUUUCAAGAAGGAUUAAUUAAAAAUAUUGGAGUCAGUAAUUUUUUAAAACAUCAUCUUGAACAUCUUUUGUAACAUUGUAAAAUUAAACCUGUUAUCAACCAAAUUGAAGUACAUCCUUUAUGUUGGGAUUAAGCUACUGUUCAAUUUUGUCAAUAACAAAGUAAUUUUUAGUAAUAUUCCUUUAGACAUUUUAAUAGAGGCCUACUCUCCUAUUGCAAGAAAUGACCCAAAAUUAAUCUAGAAUUAAAAUAUGAUAGAGAUUUCCAAGAAAUAUAAUAAAACUGUAGCUUAAUUAAGUCUUAGAUGGGCUAUUCAAAAAGGAUUUAUUGUAUUACCAAAAUCAAAGACCCCAAAGUACAUAAAGGAAAAUAUUGAGAUUUUUGAUUUUUAAAUUUGUGAAGAUGAUAUGAAAGCAAUUGAUAAUCUAAAUCAAAAUUAUCAUACAUGUUGGGAUCCUAGUACAGUUACUUAUUGA